GAAAAAUGAGAUGUAAUCGGCCACGUGGUUGUGCGCUUUUCUCACAGUAUUUCAGUAAAAUUAAAAUCUGUUAAAAGAGCAAAAUGGAGCUGGACAAGUUUGAGGAACGAGCAUCUAAAGCGGAAGAAGACAUAGCUUUUAUAAAACAACAAAUUCAAAUGCUGCAAAACAGUAUUGCGAACAAUUCUUCGAAAAUGACUGAUGAAGAGUUUGACAAACUGCAACAAGAGAACAUCAAGUUGAAGCACAGAGUAGCAUUACUGAAAAGGGCUGUAGAAACAUCAAGUGCUACAACAUUAAGUACGCAAAGCAAUAAUGUAAUCAGUAUAUAUGAUACACUCUGUAAAAUCAUGGAAAAAGCCAUUAAGGAUGCUUAUCCUGACUUGAUUGAUCCACCAAUAAUAGUAACAAUUAGCACUAAUCCCAAGUUUGGUGAUUACCAGUGCAACAGUCCUAUGUCGUUAGUUCCACUACUGACUAGUCCUGGUAAAAAAGUAAUUCCACAUGAUGUUGCUAAUAACAUUGUAUCUAAGUUGGAAGAAUCCUCUCUAGUUGAUAAAUACGAGGUCGCAGGUGUAGGAUUUAUAAAUAUAUUCUUAAAACGUGAUUUUGCACAAUCUACUUUGAGCAAUUGGCUGAAGAUUGGUGAAGUUCCUCCUCCUUAUGUCAAGAAGAAACGAGUGAUUGUAGACUUUUCUAGUCCCAACAUUGCUAAGCAAAUGCACGUUGGACAUCUGAGGUCUACUAUAAUCGGCGACAGUAUUUCUAGGUUAUUAGAAUAUUUAGGCCACAAUGUGUUGAGGAUCAAUCACGUAGGCGAUUGGGGCACGCAGUUUGGUAUGUUAAUUGCGCAUCUUCAGGACAAGUUUCCUAAUUAUUCAACUGUUGCUCCCCCUCUUCAGGAUCUUCAGGCCUUUUACAAAGAAUCCAAGGCAAGAUUUGAUGCUGAUGAAGAAUUCAAGAAACGCGCGUACGAGUGUGUCGUUAAAUUACAAGCUUUCGAACCGGAAAUAACACGGGCGUGGAAAACGAUUUGUGAUAUAUCUAGAAAAGAUUUGGAAAAAGUGUACACUCGUCUGGAGGUCAGGUUGACAGAGCGAGGUGAAUCGUUUUAUCAAACACGCAUGCAAUCGAUAGUCAAGGAAUUAGAAUCGAAGAACUUGUUAGAAGAUGACAAUGGCCGAAAAGUGAUGUGGGGAGAAGAACGCACUGGAGUACCGUUUACAAUAGUAAAAUCUGAUGGCGGUUUUACUUAUGACACAUCGGACAUGGCUGCCAUAAAGCACCGUGUGGAAGAAGAAAGAGCAGAUUGGUUGAUAUACGUAGUAGACUCUGGCCAAUCUCUGCAUUUUCAAAUACUAGAAAGUUGCGCUAAGAGGGCAGGUAUUCUCAAGAGCUUUCACAGGAUGAAUUACGUUGGUUUCGGUGUUGUUUUGGGCGAAGACAAGAAGAAGUUUAAAACGAGGUCAGGUGACACUGUGAAACUCGUCGACUUGUUGGACGAAGGUUUGAAGAGAGCGCUGCAGAAACUGAAAGAAAAGGAACGCGACAAAGUGUUGUCCGAGGAAGAGUUAAAAAUGGCUCAAGAAUCGGUGGCGUAUGGUUGCAUAAAGUACGCCGACUUGUCGCACAACAGAAAUCACGAAUAUGUAUUUUCGUUCGACAAGAUGCUAGAGGACAAAGGCAACACCGCCGUAUACUUGUUGUACGCUUUGACGCGAAUUCGAUCUAUUGCCAGAACUGCGAACAUCACGCCGGAAGAGUUGCGGAAACGCGCACACGACACCCCGAUAUCGUUGCAACACGAGAAAGAGUGGAAAUUGGCCAAGGUAUUACUCAAAUUUCCCGAUGUGAUUCUCAACGUUAGCAACACUCUGUAUUUGCACCCGUUGUGCGAAUUCUGUUACGAGAUUUCGUGCGCGUUUACGGAAUUUUACGACAAAUGUUAUUGCGUGGAAAAGGAUCAAACGGGCGAGAUUGUGAAAGUGGACAUGGGUCGUCUGUUGCUCACGGAAGCUACCGCGAUUGUAUUGGAAAAAUGCUUCGCUUUGCUAGGCUUAAAACCUGUUGCACGAAUGUAAGAACAUUUUUUUUUUUUAAUGUAAUUUGAUUAUAUACUACGCAGAUUUGUUUUGUGCGACACGCAUCACAUUUACUUCUUUUUUGCGUUUGAACACGAGAACGAAGGAAAACUGAGUGUUUAUUCCUAUUUCAUUUUGAUUUUGCGUUUUAUUUAUUUCACCAAUUUUUUAUACG